CCUCCAUCAUGCCACGCAAAGAAACAAACACGAGCUCCAUCACCGCUCAGGCCCAGCAGGAUGCCGUUUCCGACGGUAUCGAGAACUUUGAACUCCCGAAGAGCUUGAUAACCAAAAUUGCGCGGUCGGCGAUUCCUGAAAAUGCUAAGCUCCAGAAGGAAACGAUUCUAUCGCUUGUGAAAGGAUCAACAGUAUUCAUUAACUAUCUCGCUGCUACUGCUCAUGACGUUGCUCUAUCGAAGCAACACAAGAGUAUUAGCGCAACGGACGUCCUUCGUGCCCUCGAAGUCAUGGAGCUGGGUGAUCUAGUGCAGAAUCUUCAGGAGGAACUGCAAGUAUACCGCGAGCUCAGCAAAACCGAUAAGACUAAACGAGCUACAUCCUCUGUCGCUCCGGUUCCCCGCACUACACCAGGUAUCAAGCUAGUAGGGUCUGUCUCUGCUCCGGCGCCAACCGUACCUACUAUCAAAAUCAAAGGCAAGGAGAAAGCCACUACGCCAUUCACGUCGACACCGUUAGAAACUCCUCCUUCUGAAUCAAUAUCAACGGGUCCCAUAGCUAUGGAUGUGGACCAAGAGGUGGUGGAAGAGGAGGAAGAAGAAAUAGCUGAGGAAGAAGAAAUUGUUGAUGAAGAACAGGAAGAAGACGAGGAAGAGGAGCUGCAGGAUACCGUCGCACUCGAGGAGGAGGAGCUCAGGAAAGAUGCAAAGGGGUUGGAUGAUACUGUCGGCCUUCACCGUCCUGAGGUGCCGCAAGACGAUGAUAAGAUGAUGGAGUGAUGAUAAGUCUCAUUUCUCAUAUCUAUCUUAUUUGUUUUGUAAGUUCUCGUCUGUAACAUUAUUUGAUUUUAGAAUAUCUUGAACUGGCUCUCUCAGGCGUAAUGGCUUCAUACAUUAUGCCCCGUUACUCCACCGACGCACUUUGUCAAGUAUCUCCGCGGCCUAUUUUAUUGACGGCCGUUGCAAUUGAUUCCAUGAAGCAGCACUGAAGUGCUUCAAAUUAUAUUUCCAGAAGUCGUUG